AUGCCGCGAAUCCUCUUGAAAAAGAGGGGUGCCCUCGGGAACGCGGACACAGGUGGUGCAUGGAUGUCGUCAGCUCGUGCCACUGCCGGUGAUAAGCCGGAGGAAGGUGAGGAUGAUGUCAAGUCAUCAUGCCCCUUAUGCCCUGGGCGACACACGUGCUACAAUGGCCGGGACAAAGGGUCGCGAUCUCGUGAGGGUGAGCUAACCCCCAAAACCCGUCCUCAGUUCGGAUUGCAGGCUGCAACUCGCCUGCAUGAAGCCGGAAUCGCUAAUGUAGAAAGCGUCGGUCAUCGAUCGUCAGAUGCAACAAUUCUUGGUCCUAGGUCUGCAACAGCUCCCCCUUUCGGUCCUAAAUGGGCAAUAUGUCCUCAUUGGGUGCAAAUUAUAACCCAAAGAGGCUAA